AUGAUUGCAUCGAUUAAUCUGCAAGCAAUUGCAUUUGCUGAUAGAUGUUUGUGGAGAUUAUUCAGCGGUUUAUCAUCUGAUGGGAAUUUAAUGAGGAUGGAGGAUAGAAAGCAGCAAGAGACAUUUUUGAGAUGUACUCGGAAAAAUGACAGAGCCCUUCACUCUCUCACCGCCGGCACCAGAAGAACCGCCGGACUGCCGCCGGCCGACCGACCUGCUCCGACGCCGGAAAAGCUUGCGCGUGAGGCUCACGCGCCACCUUAUGUCACUGGUAAUAAAAAGCAACCUGAUGAGCGUGAUCCAGAUUUUCCUCAAUGGGACUCAAAUAAUUGUCUUGUUAUGACAUGGUUACUGAACUCGAUGCAACCUAAUAUCUCUAAGUCCUAUUUGUUAAUUGAUACUGCUGCAAAAAUAUGGAAAGCUUUGUCCUUAACUUAUUCCAAGAUUGGGAAUGAUGCCCAAAUUUAUGAUAUUCGGAAUAAGAUUCAUGGUACUAAGCAAGGAGAAAUGACUAUCUCCCAAUUUUAUUCUGAGUUAUGUGGCUUAUGGCAGGAACUUGAUUACUAUCAAGACUUUCAGGCAGACUGCACUGGAGAUACAGUCAAAUUUCAGAGAAUGAUUGAAAAGGAGCGGGUCUAUGAUUUUCUUGCAGGGUUGAAUAAUGAAUAUGAUCCAAUUCGAGUCCAAGUGUUGGGAAGAAAUCCUUUUCCUUCUCUACAAGAGGCCCACGCUCAUGUUCAACAAGAGGAAAGUCGUCGACAUGCUAUGCUCUAUACUGCACCAGUUGAAAAGGCUGGGUUGACUACUAGUUUGAGCACACCACAGCCUCCUACUUCUGAGAAAGAUCAAUUACACUGUGACUAUUGUGGGAAACCGAGGCAUACCAAAGAGACUUGUUGGAAGUUACAUGGUCGUCCCACUAGAGGUCGUGGAGGAAAACGAGGUACCUCUAGAAAUCAAGCUAAUUUAGCAGAAACUGUGGAGGAGCCUUUAAGGAGACAACAACGACUGAGUUUCUUUCCGCUAAUGAACUUCAGAGUCUCAAGCGCCUCUUGUCUCAUAUUGACACCUCUUCAUCCUCUGGUGCCACAUCUAACUUUGUAAAGUCAGGAUCUUCGCACAGGGAAGAGGAUUGGCAAUGGUAGGCUGCAUGAUGGCUUAUACAUGUUGGAGAGUGAUCCGGGUUCUUCGAUAUCUCAAGCUUGUUUUGGAGAAAAUAAGGAUGUCAAUCGGGAAAUAAUACAAUGGCACCGGCGAUUAGGACAUCCAUCAUUUUUUGUCUUAGAAAAACUUUAUCCUGAUUUGUUUGCUAAAACCCAGUUUGGCUCUUUAUUUUGUGAUGCUUGUGAGUAUGCUAAACACACUAGAACAUCCUAUCCUUUGAGUCAUAAUAAAAGUCAAAUUCCUUUUGCAACUAUUCAUUCUGAUGUUUGGGGGCCUA